AUGAAAGGUACCUUCUCGGCCAAAGUAACAAAUGCGAUCAAGACAAUGCAGCCAAUCGCUGCCAUCGCUGUUCCUUGGCCCACGGUCGAAAACAAUGAUCACCUCAUCGAAGCCGCAGAAAUGACUUCGGCUUCCAACAUCUUCAAUCUCGUCAAGAGUUCCUCAGCCGAAAUGGUCUUGCAGUUCCCAACCCCAAGCGUCAAAGGCGAAGUUGGGCACAAUGAGUUGCGUAAAAGACAGAUGGCUGCUGUCGGUAACGUUGUCGGCGUCGUUGCUACAGUUGACCAGCAUACUGUACCAUACGGCGAGCAGACUGGCUCGAUCAAAUAUGCCCCAAUGCCCAAGAGCGCUGGGACUACUAUCGCAACCAGAUCGGCCACUCCCCAGUACCCGCCUUUUCCAUUUUCCAUUGCCACUACCUACCUUGGUGUGCCAACUGUCCAAUACACAGAUACGGCCUUUGCUACAUGGACGGCGAACAGCAUCGAGAACACGGCUGCACCCGCUCCUGCGCCCACAUUAGACAAGAGAAUGCAAAAAUGGUUGGACCGUUGGAAUGAUUGA